UUUUUAGUCUCGCGUUAACGUUGCUUACGUUAAUUAGUUAUUGUUUAAAUUCAAUCAUGAAUCAUUACAACAAGUAUAAUAUAAUUUAUUUUGGAAUAUGGAGUAUUUUAAUAAAAUCCGUCUGGAUAGUGGCGCAAAAUGAAAAUAAAUGUCAAUUACCAGAAAAUGAUCUUCACCUGGCGGCCCGGUUACAUCCACAGAAUGAGACUGUACCUCUAGGCAGUUGGAUAAAUAAUUUUGAAACUGUUCACUUAGAGUGUUCGGAGGAUUAUCGUAUACCUAUUAAUGCGACUUUCACUUGUCAAGAUGGUGAAUGGACACCAGCGUUACCUACAUGCGCUCAAUAUUGCGACGAUCAGUCAUUGCUCGGUUUGUCCACAUUUCAUGUGUGCAUUAAUAAUGGGAUUGUCGUCCGACAGUGUCAACGGAUAGAACCAAAUGCUGCGGUAAUUUUUAGAUGUAACCCCGGCUACGAAGGUUUAGAUGACAACUUACAACCAAUGCAAUGCACCUCUGCUGGUAAGUUCAACGCUAAGCGUCCCACUUGUAACGUUGAAUGCGGAGUUCUGCGACCAAGUACACAAUCUAGGCUCGAUUCAGGCGCCUCGACAGAGCAAAGCGAACUACCCUGGCAAGUGGCCAUUUACCAAAAGCCGGAUAACAUUACCUAUAAACUCAUUUGUGGCGGAUCCGUUAUAUCGCCGAGUGUAAUUAUAACCGCUGCUCAUUGUUUUUGGGAUAUCGCGACAGAGCAGAAAAUGCCCAUUAAUUUCUUUCAAGUGGCCGCUGGAAAAUAUUAUCGCGACUACGAUAUGGCUAAAGAUCCAACUGCCCAGAUUGCAGAUGUUGCUGAAGUUAUGUUCUCGUCAAGCUUCCAAUACGACGAAAACAACUUCCAUAAAGAUAUUGCUAUUGUUAAAUUAAAGACACCGUUCAUCUUCAAUGAGAACAUAUCAGCCGUGUGUUUAAAUUUGCGAACUGACGGCAAUACUUAUGUUCCAAAUGAUUGGAUUGGUUCAAUUGUCGGCUAUGGCGACACUGAGAAUGGAGCUUUACAGAGCGUUCCUAUGAGAUCAAUAUCUUAUCAUAGUUGCCAAUUAAGCCGUAAAUUUGUAAAUUUAGCUGGAGAUAAAUUCUGCUUGCAAAACGAAGGUGAAGUGAACGUAUGCCGCGGCGAUAGUGGCGGAGGCUUUGUAAUGCAAAAUUCAGUGACAAAACGGUACGAGCUAGUGGGUAUAAUUAGCUUUUCGCCUUUCCUUAAUCACGAAUGUGCGUCUGAGGGAAUUGUAACAGCAACGAAUAUCAAUUAUAUGGACAGGGAAAUGUUACAGAAAUUGGAGCAGUUCAAGCAAGAAGAUGAGGCAUUGUUUUAGAAUUCGAAACUUUUUCUUGCUGAUUAUAAAAUGGAAAGAUUGUUAAUAAUUGAAAGCACGUAAAUAAAUUAAAAAUUUUUGUAAUCUUCUUAUAACUAUUGUAAACGAAACAAAUAGAAUGAGA